AUGGCAACUGCGGCAACUUGGUCGAACGGGUCGCUCCCUCCGGAGAAGAAACGUCGCCUCCUUCAGCGGGUGUCAUCAGUUGGCACUGAGCCGGAUGAUGCUUGGGUAGCUGAGCAUGCACCUGCAGGGAUCCGAACCGUGCACGAUCUGCAGCAGUGGCCACUAGAUGUGCUUCAGUCUUUGACAAGGCCAGACCGUGACGAAGAGAUAGAGUUGCGCUUGGGUAGUCACUUGCUGCAGGGUGUGUCGUUGUACACAGACUACUCUGGGCUGGACAGUCCCAGAGAAGCCUUAGAGAUGGGGUUUCGUGCUUUGCAGAUACUCAAAGGGUACGAUCCUGACGUGGCCGGGAGCCCAGUGUGGGUUGGCCGCACGUGCGACAAGGGAAGUUUGCAGAAGCGGUUGCAAGUUGCACUUCCCUGCUCCUUUGAAAAAGGGCGACGCUGUCAUUUUGAUGACAUUCUGCAUCGCUUGCCGCUUGAAGGAAGGCAGUGGAUUGCAGCAGCUUCGCCAAGCAAGCAGGCUUCAAAGGCUGAGCGCCUUGAAGCGUACAAGUGCAUCUCUGACUGGGUCAUGACGAACCGCAACAUGCUUUUCAGUGUGGAUGCACAGAGCCUUUGCAUGGUUCACCACAGGCAGUGCCCUGCUCAUCCGUCGCCUCCGCCUCCGACAGCAGAUUCCGUGGCAGGUGUUCGCCGCAUUCGUAUUUGCGUGGCGGGUGUGACCUGUCACGCUUGGUCGGCUGAGGGAAGUCAGGAUGGCCAAGCUCACGACUCCGAGAUCCCAUUGGCUGUGUGGCUUGCAGAAAGACGGUACAUGUUUGAUCAGGGAACGGAAGAUGUGUGCAUGGUCGAGUGCACGCCUCGCUUUCCUGCUCAAAAGCGGCUGGAGGAGACCUUCGGUGACACAGCGGUUGUUUUGGCUUGGGAGGACGGUCCUGAGUGGCACGGAUGGCCGCACCGGAGGCGAAGAAUCUUGUCACUGGCAGUGAACAAGAGUACAGCAGAUUGGUUCGGGCCAACCACAUCAUUCGAGGCCAGAGCCGACUACAGCAAUCGUUUCUACCGGCAGAUGGUGUCCACCGGCGAGAUCCUCAUGCAAGCAGACCUGCAGGAACGAGUGCAGGACAUGGUGGCUUUGGCAAGGUCUCGAAAGAACAACGUUGACGAUGCAGCCAUCGAGAAACUCUUCAUGGAGCGAGACUACGACAAGCUGGCCCAGCUCCUGCUUCCUCCAGGAGGCAUCAUUCGCCUUCAGCAGUGGCAAGAGGUGCACAAGAUGAAAAUGUCCGAGGCUCCCCUACGAUCGUUCCUCUGCGAUGUGGAUCACACAGUGGCUGGCAAAGGCCCCGUCGGUGGCGAGCUUUGGCCGACGCAGCUGACGCAUGGAUCGGUUUUUUCUUUGGAGGGCAAGGAGGGUGAGUCCGUCGGUUGGACAAUGGCCACAGCUAGGGAGCACAUGACCGCUUUGGGAUGGAGGGCACAUGGAUCGUCCGAAGCAUUUCCGGUGUCGAAGAUGCUGAGUGCGUUGACUGAUUUGUGCAGCUUCACCCCCAACCAGGUCAAGACCCUGGCAGGUAACUCUAUGCACCUUCGAACGCAGAUGGCCUUCAUGUUCUAUGCCUUAGGUCACAUCAUGUUGAAGAGCGACCGUCAUGCUUUGCAGCGUGCAAACACAUGGCAAUGGGAAGACAGGCAAGCUCCAGAGAUUUUGAUCAGACGCAGCAUUGCAAACACCGUCAAAGAGCAGGAUGCGUUGCAGAGUCAUUGCAGAUUGCAGAGCAUCGAGGACGAGGCGGACGAGGGCGGGGCCGCCAAGCCUCGGGGAGUGCAGUGGUGCAAGGCACAUUCCAAGUUCUGUGGCGAUCAUCACAAGGACGCAGAGGCCGUUCGUUAUCAGGGCAGACAGCAGGGCGAUGAGGAGAUCAAGAAGACCGUGGAGGAGACACUCGCCGACCCCUACAAGUGCAAACUGUGUCUCGAGGAGUUCGCCAGAAACAAUCCAGCUGGCAGGUUCAGGAAAAAGCUCAUCGACUGGGGAGCCUUCCAACAGUCCUAUGGGCGACGGGCCGAGGUGAGGAAUCGCGAGAACGAGGAAGAAAUGGAUGUCACCGACUUCAUUGCUCACAUGAAGAAGAAAGGGAGAAGCGAGGAGGAAGCUCUUACUAAGUGGAAAGAGCUCCUAGCAGACCCCAACACCGACCGUUCUGGGGAAGGCCAGGAUAUCAAGGCUUGGGUUCCAAUGAACCGCACUCGCAUGCGGGACACGGUUCACUACAAGGACUGCGGCUUCGUUGAAGGCAGCAAGGCGGCAAAAGACCUGAAGGAUGCAGACAGGCAAGACCUCUUGGAUCAUGUCCAGCGUCAAGAGUAUGGUGUUGCUGAUCCCUGGCUUCGGCAAGGUGUGGGCAACUUCGACUUGCAGCUGCAGGGUGGCCCCAAAAGAGCUGCUCUUCAAGAUGUCAAGCAAGAGGCGAGCAGCAGCAGGGGCCCGGAGAUCGCACUCGCGCGACCGAAGGCUCUGGAGAAGUACGAGAAGAUGGUUGCGUCUUGCUGGAAGAUGUCAGAGACGGGCAAGAAGGCUGUGGCAGAGGCUUUGCAGCUCGCUGAGGCCAACACCGAGGAUGAGAAGUUGCAGACGGCCUAUGAAGUCAAUUGUGUUACUCGCCUCUACAUGUUGGAGAUUUGUGAGGCCACCACUUUGGAUAAGAUUCCAGGUCUUCAAGCACCCCCGUCCAAUUCCCGAAGUGGUGUGGGAGAGCUUGUGACUUUGGCCGCGUCGACGGCCACGGCCACAUCUGCUACACCAGCCACGGCACCUGUGCAAAAUCCAGACAGCUCGCAGCAGCAAUCCGCGCCACCCGCGGACACAGGCAACCCAGGCGACAAGCCAGCAGGGGCUGCAACAGAUGCGGCCAAUGCCAGCCCCAAGAAGCCCGACGAUUCACAGUCCACGAGCGGAGACUCCGCUGCCGGGGCUCAGAAUGUCAGGGUGACCCGUUUCCUCAAGAAGGCUUUGCGUGCGGCCGGGCCUGCAGGGCAGCAUGUAAGCGAGAUUGAGAAGAUCAUGGGCUUGUCGCAGAUGAGUGAUGUAUGCCAGUCACUCAUGUCUUGCAACACCAUCGAGGAGCUCAACAAGGUUGUUGAAUCUUUGAAGGCGGCUGCUGCAGCUAUCAAAGAGCUCAAAGAUGGGGCUUGCAAAGCAGCAUCCAGCCUCAAAUCCCACAUCCAGGCGAGGCAGCGUGCUGGUCAGAAGAAGCGUGCAGCGGAUUUGAAGUUGCAGGAACAGACUGAAGUCCAAGCGAAAAAGAAGCAGGCCAAGGAAGCUGCGGAGCAGAUCAAGAAGCAGGAGACCGUGCUUCCAGCCGUCUUGAACCUCGAUUGGAAGGCCCUGAGCGAAAGUGGCGACGACAAGUGUGCCAAGGUUCAGGUGAUGGAUGGCCCAGCCAAGAAAUCCAUCAAAUCCUUUGAUGUCCCGGUCUGCAUCGCCAACUUCUCUGCCGUUGAGGACUUCACCAAGAACCCGAAGGUCCAGCUGCUCCUUGGUGGUUUCGGCGGCACCUACAAAAAGCAGUUGAAACAGGCCCCGAAGGUCCAGGAAUUCAUCUACAAGGGCCGCGGUCUAGAGGAGGUUGACAAGCUUUGGAGCUCGAUGGUCGAGCUGUUCGAGCCCAAGUUCACUUCCCCCAACGACAAGAUGGACGGAUACUUGCAGAAGAUCCUCCAGGCGAGCUGGAUGGUUGGAUUCGAUACCGGGGCUCACUACUUCGGCUGCUUGCCGAAUGGGCUAGCCAGCAUGAGACUCCUUUGCUCUGGCGAAAUUCUGUGGCUGCUUUUCGAGAUGAGGCAGCUUUCAGCUGCCAUGAGGGUCGUCCUGCAGAAGGACGAGCUCGGAGGCCUCGAAGGGGUAGCCGAAUUUAUCAAGAACUUGGACGACAAGGGCAUAGAUGUCUUGUACAAGCAGGGCUGCACAGUUCACAUGAUCAAGCAAGAGCCAGGCCAAGUGUUGUUCGUGCCGACAGGUUGGUUUGCAGUGGAGCGCUGUGUCAAGGGCCUGCUCGUGUACGGGAUUCGAAAAACGUUCAUGUAUCCCAGCCAGAAAGCCUUCACCAACUACGAGAUCCUCCAGGGCGCUUUCGUCGAAUCGAAGAAGCCAGUGGACAAAAUGAAAGCAACGGCUACUUUCAUCGCCCCUCCGGAUCCUGAGUGA